AGGAGGAGGAAGAGGACUGAGGGAGAGGACCGUUGCCUUCAUCGCGCUCACUUGUUCACGAUAACCUUCACGCCCGCACCCGCACCGGCAUCUCUCUAAAUAAUCCAACAUUUCAACCAUUUCCGGAUGGACUUUUGCCCUGGAUUGUUUUCAUUUUCACAAUUUUACGCACGCCCAAUUUCACCCGGAGCUGUUCAUCUCCCUUAAGCGUGGAAAGUUCCGUUAAAGGCUUGGCUGACAAUGAAGAUCAAACCAUGGGGCAUGGCCCAACAAUGACAGUUAUGUGCUUCCAUCCAGGGAGUCGCUGCAAAGAAAACACCCAAGAUGCACCUCUGAAUCAUUGAUCAUCGUGGCACGUUCAUGAGACCACUUGACGUGGGGAUUAGAUAUUUUCAUUUUCGCUUAGAGUUGGCUGGAAGCUUAGAUUGCAUUUAUUAUCAACAUUUGAUCUGCAUCAGAGAUUAAAAAAAGAAAAAACUGAUAUUUUACUUUGAUGUAAUGUGGAAUAUAAAAUAAAUCAGAUGCCCUAAUCAAAUAUUUUAGUCACUAUAAAAGGACCUUUAAAUUCACAUCACUUCCUCGUGCUUUGUGUUACUCUUUACAAUGAAUCCAAACAUCCUCCCUGGGAAAGUUCUCCUCCUCCUAAGCACUGUGAUGGCACUGAGUGUGGGAUUAGAGUUUACUGGCUCAGAGGGUCAGUGGGCUCGAUACCUGCGCUGGGAUGCCAGCUCAAGAAGUGACCUGACUUUCCAGUUCAAGACGUCCCAACCAGAAGGCCUCAUGCUCUACUUUGACGACGGCGGAUACUGCGACUUCUUACUCCUCACCGUGUCCGAGGGCAGGAUGCAGCUUCGCUUCAGCAUCGACUGUGCCGAAACCACCAUUACGUCCGACAAGAUGGUCAACGACAGCCGUUGGCACUUUGCCGCUAUCAACAGGCACAAUCUGCGGACCGGCUUGGCCGUGGACGGCCAGACCAAGAUGGCAGAGGUGCGGCCUCAGCGACAGUUCAUGAAGAUCGUAAGCGACCUAUUCCUCGGGGGGCUCCCAGGAGACAUACGGACAUCUGCCAUCACCUUGCCCUCUGUCCGUGAGCUAGCACCCUUCAAGGGGAUCAUCACCGACCUUAUCUGCGGGAGUAAACUGCCCACGCUCAUCAACAGUCAGAAAGUACGCUUAGAAAUGUUAGGCCUUUGCACAGAGAACCCCUGUGAGAAUGGUGGGAUCUGCUCGCUGGCGGAUGGAGAACCCUACUGUGACUGCUCUAAAACUGGAUUUGUCGGGCGGUACUGCACUGAAGUCCAUAGAAUCCCAGGCCUCGCACACCUGAAGGCAGAGCAAGGUAGAAACAAAGCGAGGGAGGAAAACGUGGCCACCUUCCGGGGCUCAGAGUACUUCUGUUACGACCUGUCACAGAACCCCAUUCAGAGCAGCAGCGAUGAGAUCACGUUGUCCUUCAAGACGUGGCAGCGCAACGGUCUCCUGCUCCACACGGGGAAAUCAGCAGACUAUGUCAAUCUGGCGCUAAAAGAUGGAGCGGUUUCCCUCGUCAUCAAUCUGGGUUCUGGUGCCUUUGAGGCUAUCGUCGAGCCUGUCAAUGGAAAAUUCAAUGACAACGCCUGGCACGAUAUCAAAGUCACACGCAACCUGAGACAGCAAUCAGGCAUUGGACACGCUAUGGUGACUAUAUCCGUUGACGGGAUCCUCACCACCACUGGCUACACCCAGGAAGACUAUACCAUGCUGGGCUCUGACGAUUUCUUCUAUGUGGGUGGGAGCCCCAGCACUGCAGACCUUCCUGGAUCUCCAGUGAGCAACAACUUCAUGGGCUGCCUCAAAGAGGUGGUUUACAAGAACAACGACAUCCGUCUAGAGCUGUCCCGUCUGGCAAGGAUUGUGGACCCAAAGAUGAAACUUCAGGGCGAUGUGGUCUUUAAAUGUGAAAAUGUUCCUACUCUUGACCCCAUCAAUUUCGAGACUCCCGACUCCUACCUGGCCUUACCAAAAUGGAACACCAAACGCGUUGGCUCGAUCUCCUUCGACUUCCGAACCUCAGAGCCCAACGGCUUAAUACUUUUCACCCAUGGCAAACCUCAGGAGCGACGCGAUGUCAAGUCCCAGAAGACCAACAAGGUGGACUUCUUUGCUGUCGAACUUCUGGAUGGGGUGUUGUACCUGGUGCUGGACAUGGGUUCUGGUACUAUCAAAGUGAAAGCGACACAGGCAAAAGUCAAUGAAGGUAGCUGGCACCAUGUGGACAUCCAGAGAGAUGGCCGUUCAGGCAUCAUCUCUGUAAAUGCACACCGGACACCUUUCACAGCCAGUGGAGAAAAUGAGAUCUUAGACCUGGAGGGGGAUCUUUAUCUAGGUGGUCUUCCUGACAACCGUGCAGGUUUGAUGCUCCCCACUGAGCUCUGGACCGCCAUGCUAAACUAUGGCUACGUGGGCUGCAUCCGGGAUCUUUUCAUUGAUGGACGCAGCAAAGAUAUCCGACAGAUAGCUGUGUCCCAGAACACGACUGGUAUCAAGUCUUCCUGCAGUAAGGUGAUGGGAAAACAGUGUGACAGCAACCCUUGCAAGAACAGCGGGUUGUGUAAGGAGGGAUGGAACCGCUUCAUUUGUGACUGCACAGCAACAGGCUUCUGGGACAGCACUUGUGAAAGAGAGGCGUCCAUUCUGUCCUAUGAUGGCAGCAUGUACAUGAAGGUGGUGAUCCCAAAUGUGGUGCACACAGAAGCAGAGGAUGUCUCACUUCGCUUCAUGUCUCAAAGGGCAUUCGGUCUGCUGAUGGCAGCCACAUCCCGCGAGUCAGCAGACACGCUGCGACUGGAGUUGGAGAGUGGAAGGGUCAAACUGACGGUCAACUUAGACUGUGUCAGGAUAAACUGUAACACCAGCAAGGGUCCUGAGGCUCUUUAUGCUGGACAAAAGCUCAACGACAAUGAUUGGCACUCGGUCCGAGUGGUCCGCCGCGGUAAAAACCUCAAACUGGUUGUGGAUGACGACAUGGCUGAAGGCCAGAUGGCAGGCGAUCACACCCGUCUGGAGUUCAACAAUGUGGAGACAGGCAUCCUAACUGAGAGACGCUUUGUGUCUUCUGCGCCCACUUCAUUUAUAGGACACCUCCAGAGCCUCAAGUUCAAUGGCAUGCAGUACAUCGACAUGUGCAAGAAUGGGGACAUUGACUUCUGCGAACUCAACGCCCGUUUCGGCAUGCGCUUCAUCAUCGCCGACCCGGUGACUUUCAAGACCAAGGGCAGCUACUUGGGCUUGGCCACUCUGCAGGCCUACACCACAAUGCACCUCUUCUUUCAAUUCAAAACCACCUCGCCCGAUGGCUUCAUCCUCUUUAAUAGCGGUGACGGGAGUGACUUUAUUGCUGUGGAACUGGUCAAAGGGUUCAUCCACUAUGUGUUUGACCUCGGGAAUGGCCCAAGUCUGUUGAAGGGGAACAGUGACAACCCACUGAAUGAUAACCAGUGGCACAAUGUGGUGAUCACACGAGAUACUUCCAACACGCACACACUCAAAGUGGACUCCAAGUCGGUCACCCAGAAUGUCAACGGAGCAAAGAACCUCGAUUUAAAAGGUGAUCUCUUCGUCGGAGGUCUGGGACCCAACAUGUAUCAGAACCUCCCUAAGUUGGUGGUUUCUCGUGAAGGCUUCCAGGGCUGUUUGGCGUCAGUUGACCUUAACGGCCGCCUGCCGGACCUCAUCAGCGAUGCCCUUUUCCGCAGUGGGCAAAUUGAACGGGGCUGCGAAGUUGGUUUCACCAAAGCCGACCUGCAAGGCCCGAGCACCACCUGCCAGGAAGACUCCUGCGCCAACAUGGGUGUGUGCAUCCAACAGUGGGAGAACUUCACUUGCGACUGCUCCAUGACGUCUUAUUCGGGGACUCAUUGCAAUGACCCUGGCACCACCUACAUCUUUGGCAAAGGAGGGGGUCUGAUCACAUACACGUGGCCUAAUAACGAAAGGCCCAGCACACGGACAGACCGGCUGGCGGUAGGGUUUAGCACGACCAUCAAAGACGGCAUCCUCGUUCGCAUCGACAGUGCCCCGCGCCUGGGCGACUACAUCAUGCUCCACAUUGAGCAAGGGAAAGUCGGCGUGACCUUCAACAUUGGGACAGUGGACAUCAGUGUUAAGGAGCUGACUACAGCGGUAAAUGAUGGCAAAUACCAUUUGGUUCGAUUCACCAGGAAUGGAGGCAAUGCCACCUUACAAGUGGACAACUGGCCGAUCAAUGAGCACUUUCCUUCAGGCAACAGCGACAUUGAGCGCUAUCAAAUGGCAAAUAAGAAAAUCCCAUUCAAAUAUACCCGGCCAGUAGAAGAUUGGCUUCAGGAGAAAGGCCGGCAGCUCACUAUCUUCAACACCCAAGCGACUAUUUCAAUCGGUGGAAACGACCGUAAGCGGCCUUACCAGGGCCAGCUUUCAGGCCUCUACUACAAUGGCCUCAAGGUCCUCAACAUGGCCGCCGAAGGCCACGUCAAUAUCAAGGUGAACGGCAGUGUUCGGCUGGUGGGGGAUGUGCCGGCCAGUAGGGGCGCGGCACGCACAACCACCUCAGUACCGCCUGAGAUGUCCACCACCUUUAUCGAGACCACUACCACCUUGUCUACAACCACCACUCGCAAGCAGCGCUCACCACCCACAAUCCAGACGACAGAUGACAUUGUGUCAUCAGCCGAGUGCUCCAGUGACGACGAAGACCUGGAGGAGUGCGAUUCCGGACACACAGAUUUAUGAGAACAGCAUCACCUCUAAGUGUCGCCAAAGCACCAAAAGCUGCAGAAACGUGCGUACGCCAGCCACGCAUUUCCACGGUCGUGUCACUCUUGAUACAGCUGAACUUUGCCGUGAAAAAGAACGGACGCCACGUUUUUGUGCGUACGCACCUUUUGUACGAGGCCCCAGGUGAGUCACUUGAACAUAUUUACCCACGAAGAAGCAAAUAAAAAGAAACGAUUCGAUAUCUGUAAGUCACCAUCACGCCACAACGAUGACUGUCGUGGGAGCCCUGCGCUUUUUCUAUGAUGUUGUACUCCAAGUAGCCAGCAGCUUAUUUAAAGUGGAAAAGCUCCUCGCAGGUUAAAAAGAAGUCCACUGGCGCCAAUAUUUUUCGCCCAUUAUUAAUUUGAAAAAAGCGUCAUGUCCAAAGCGACGGCCUUUGGGCAGUCGGUGAGGGUAGUGUAGCGUGAUGAACCAAGUGCGUCCCUUACUGUCAGCAUGUAAGGGGCUUAAGAGGUAAAGAGGUGUGAUGAAGCUCCCGCUCACAGUGCCAAGAGGUCAUCAUGACAAAUGUGGAAACGACACCGCUCAUCCGGGACUGCCGCAUAGUCACUGGUGCGUUCAGUCUUUAUUUUACAACAGGCCAUCAAUACAAAUAGUUGCAAAGCAAUUGUACUAAAACGUAUUAUGUUUUGUAAGCAGGGGGAAACGACGUCGAGACUCAGUGCUUAUUGAGUGGCUGUGGAUGGAUGCAUUCUCGGCCUCCGGGCUUAAACGAAAAAUCGGAGCACGGCAGCCUGAUUGAAUGGCUUGUAACACCAGUUAAAUAGGUUUGCUCUAAUGGGAAUGAGCUUGGCGACGGCUGCAAAGGCUUUCGCUUGCACCUCGGCGGAGGUAAGUAGCUGUGGACAACACCUUUUUGUGACCGGCUACAAGCAGCGGAUGCUCAGAGGGAUUUGCAUUUAAUGGCUGUUCUAGUGAGGAGAUAUUCAAUGAGCCCUGACAAUGUAUUCAUGAGACUGGCUUUAUGUGAGUGUUUGCAUCAUAUGCACCUGAUUUAUUUUGACACACAGUGGCACCGAAGCGUUUUCAAAUGCAACAACCUGCUCUAAUGGAUACUGAACAUCUGGAUGUGCCAUUGUGACUAAAUUUAGGGGUUCCGGGGUCUUUUUAAAUUAUCCUGCAUUUACAGUAUAGACAAUUCGACCUAAAACGAACUGGUGGGUCAAUCUCAAUCCUAAAUUUCCUUGACUUUUAUAACACACGCAGCUCAGUUUUAUUGGCCUCAACAAAAUACAGAAUGGUUUGCUAACAAACAAAUUUGGUAACAAAUCCUUUCCAAAAAUGGACAACUACAAUCUCUGACAGCAUUUAAAAAGACUUACUUCUGAAGGGAUCCCAUUCCCUCGAAUCAAAUCUAACACGGGGUACACGCAUACCGAGGCUACUGUAUGUUAGGCAAGCUAAACGCUCACCACAAGGGUUUGACCACUUAACACGCAGGCGAUAAAUCAGUUUAAAAUUGGAGAAGAAUGUGUUUAGAACUACGUGAGCCUGCUAAUUGCCAAAUAAUAAUAUUUCAUUUAUACUAAAGUUCAUUGAAACUCCAAUUCAUUUUCUCGGUGACUGCAAGCUUUUUGGGUUUUUUUUGAAACCAUGAAGCAUUAUUUUUCUCUCUGGUAAAACAGAGCGCGGGCCAGUGCAAAGCUGUGAUUGUAUUCAUUAGCAUCUGUCACCUGACAAGCUGGACUAAUGACAGGGCACGGCGUAGGUGGGGAAACGAGUCCGCCGGGAGCAGCAGGAUGGAUCUGUGUGUUUAAAUGUGUUUUGCUGCCUAAUAUAGUGGAGAUAAGCAGGCGCCUCGUUCGGCAUGCAGUUGCAGUAUUAAGAAGCACAUUAGGGAGCCAGGGCCUUCUCUGAGUGGGAAUGAUUGCUAAGCCCACCAAAUGUGAUUUAUCUAGGCAAGCGCAAAUAUCAACAUGAACAUAAUCUGUUUGGAAAUACAUAGAUUAAGCAUCCUCAGAGACACUUAUCAGACAGCUAAAAAGAAUAGAUUUUCCCCACCAUCCAUCUAUAUUAAGUGGAGGAAGUCGUCGUCGUCGUAGUACUAUGGCGUCGGAGCUGAGAGUAACGUUCAAUGUUUUCACAAGACUGCAGAGGAAACUAGUUUUGGUUCGAAGUAGAGCUAAAAAAAAGGUGACAUGGGAUACAUUAGCCAAUAACCGAUACAUGAAAUAAGAAGAUUGAUAUACAAAGGAUAUAUAACUGUAAAUGAACAAAAGUUCCUAUAAUUAAAAAAAAAAAAAAAAAAGCAGAACACGAGCAACUAAAGUAAAAUAGUAACACGGUGAACAUGAGGACUGUUAACUGUAUGACUUCUAUUAGAAAAUGGUGCACAUGGGAAUUAACAGUUGUAUAUGUCUUUCUUUAUUUCACAGACAUGCAACUCACACAACUUUAAAAUUCUGCAUCACUCUCUGAAACGUGUGUGAAAAUAGUCGAAUGCUCUCCUUGACGUUCCCUAACAGUGGGCUUCAGCAAGGGCGUUAUUGCCGUGGGGCACUGAAAGGUGGCGUUAUACAGUUUUACAAAAUCACAUCUUACCAUGGAGUAAGAAGGUUUCUCUUGUCUCUGAGAUAAGUGAGUGUGAGUGUGUUGCACUGUGUUGGUGUGAGGGGGGUGGGGGGCCCAUGGGGGCCCAGACACUCAAGCAGAGUGUCUGCAGUAGACACACAGGAGCAGCGCUACAGCAAGAAAUGCCAACACAUCGGUUACAAUAGUGACCGAUGUUGCUUUUAUCGGUGAUGCGAUAUUAUCGGCCGGCUCUAGUUCGAGCUUUGCUGUC